AUGGGAGAUAAUGAAGAACAGAAGGGAAUCCUUGUAUGUAAGCGUUCUAAGUACUUCGUAGCAGCCUUAUUCUUCGCCGUAGCCCAAGCUACUCCCAUCGACUAUGGCCAUUAUGGUCUCGGACUUGCUCAUGCUCCCGUCGUUCAUGCCGCUCCCGCUUACCUCCAUGCCCCAAUUGCCAAAGCCGUUGUCCAUGAGCCCGUCGCCUACCCCAAAUACUCCUUCAACUAUGGCAUCAAGGAUCCCCAUACCGGUGACGUCAAAUCCCAAUCCGAAGUCCGUGAUGGCGAUGUUGUCAAGGGACAAUACAGCUUGGUUGAGCCCGACGGUUCCGUCAGAACUGUUGACUACACUGCCGAUGACCACAACGGAUUCAAUGCCGUCGUCCACAAAACUGGCCCAGCUAUCCAUGCUGCCCCAGUCCACAAAGCUGUCGUUGCUGCCCCUCUUGCACACUAUGGUGCCCACUACCUUCAUUAA